GGGUAUUAGAUAAUUAGGAUCUCUUUCGACAAGGCGUCAAAGAUGUGUUGGUAAAAUCCUCAUCUCACCACGGAAACGGGCUGCGCGCAGCUCAGCUCUCUGUCUCACCUGUGUGCGCGUCUGAUUUGGGCACUCCACGAAGCGCAAACGAUGUAAGAACAAGCGGGAGAUGAAUCUAACGAAUUUUUACUCAGAUUUUGGACGUUUAUUUUCUACGAAUAUUUCACUUGGGGGACCUCAACAUGAGCACAACAACUGGAGUUUACCGGAGGAUACCAAACCCUACCCGCAAUUGUUCUUAUUUUCGGGACACGAACCGAGUACCAUCGUGUUGGUGGUUAUGUACUCCCUGUCCUUCCUCACCGGGCUCGGAGGGAACAUCAUGGCUCUUCUGGUCCUCACCCGAAAGAGGACCGGUCUGGCGGGGGUGUCAGCGACCCGCAGACUUCUGGUCAAUCUGGCGGUGUGUGACAUGAUGGUGGUGUGUGUGUGCAUGCCAGUUAACCUGGGACACCAGGUCUACAACGCCUGGGUGUUCGGGGAGUUUCUGUGCCGCACCGUGCCGUUCGUUCAGGCUGUGUCGGUGUCUGCGAGCGUCCUGAGCCUGGCCGUGAUCAGUCUGAACCGCUACUACAGCGUGCACAACCCUCUACACGCCCGGUCCUUUUUUACCGGGCGGCGGAUACUGUGUAUGAUCUGUGUGGUGUGGAUCGUGUCGUCGGGGCUGUGCAUACCGCUCCUCUUCAUGAAUACCACCCAAACUUUGUCGCUGCUGGACAUCACCCUCACUGUGUGCGUGGAGAGCUGGAACCAAGUCAAACUGAAACAGAGAUAUAGCUUUCUGCUCUUCUGCUCUCUCUAUGGAUUCCCUGUGUUGUUUAACCUGGUCAUCAGCGUGCUGACGGGCUGGAAGCUGUGGGGCAACGACGAAAAACGGACGCAAGAUUCGAAUACAUUUGGCGUUACGCUAUCACUGUCUCGUCUGAAAGUGCGUAAAAGGAUCGCCAAGAUGGUGCUGUCGCUGGUUGUGCUUUUUACCUUGUCUUGGUUGCCUCUGUAUGUAGUGGACAUAUGGUUAGACUUUAACAUGACUUCAUCUUUAGAGAAAGAGGAGGAGGAUGUGAACCAUGUAUAUCACGAGUGGAUUCUACAGGGGAGACCCUUCGCGCUAUGGCUGGGUCUAACCAACUCCGCUCUCAACCCGCUCUGUUAUUGCUUCGUGGGUAAUUUACACAGGUCUGCAAAACGAUUCAGGAAAAGCUACAGACAGAAACUGUCGUCAUUGUUAAGUCUGUCGCCACAGCAGUCCUCUAUGCCUAUGGGCAGCACCUCAGUGCCCAAGCUCGUGCCCUAUAGCAGGGCGCAAUCGGAGAAGCGCGACGCAGAAAGGCGCGCAUCGAGCAGAUUUGCCAAUCCAGGCAACAAACUAAUCAAAAGCAAGAGCCUGUCGUCUGUGACAGUGUGUGAGACCGUUUUUGACUGAUUGACAGACAGACGGAUCAAAUGUUGGCCUACGUGGUAUAUCACAUACAUAUUUGUCCAAUGGACAGGAAAACGUUCGUCCUACAGUUAAAAAUAGGAUAUUCUGUGAAAAUGUGUGUCUGUUUUCCAACGGAACCUCCGAAGCAAAUUGAGAUAUUUGCCAUAACUGAGAUUAUAGAGUGUGUUGCCCUUUUAAUUAUGAAGUGUGGUGCCGUCUUUAUUAUGGAGUGUGUUGGAGUGUGUGCCCCAUGAUUCCAGGACCGUUG